AUGGAUACAUUCCUUAAUCAAUUUGAUGCUGUCAAUUUAUCAAGUCUAAAGGCUCAAAUUACUGACACAUCAAAAGAUCACGUGGAAUGUCCCGCCUAUAUACAUUUCGGUGGCACGCCAUAUACAUUGGGAUUCGGUCAUCUAUUCUCAGGUGAUUCACAAUCGUGUCAAAACGUUCAUGUCAACCGUCAGUGUUGUUUUACAUCACAAAUCAGUACGCGUCCAUUUCAAGCGAUUGAUCGGAAUGGACAUCGAGUCGAUCAAGCAAUGCAAAAUAUUCGAAACAAUGUCGAACAAAAAUGUCAUCGAUAUCAUUCAUUGAGAAACAAAGAAUUUAUAUUACAUUAA